ACGCCUCCUAUUAGAGUGCGUUCCGUCCGAUCCUCGGCCAAUUUCCCGUAACGGGUCAGGGCCACUGCCUCAACAAGAGCCGAAGAAGAAGGCGACGAAGAACAGCCGCGAGCUUAUCGUGACACAGGCGUUCGCUUCGACCUCCGGCAGCAUCCGUGGAGGAGAAAAACCAGCCAGCUAGCAAAGCGUGACCGAGCAGUUCCGACCAAGCAAUGGUCCUCGAAAGCACCAUCAUCUGCGUUGACAACAGCGAGUACAUGCGCAACGGGGACUUCAUUCCGACGCGCCUUCAAGCGCAGCAGGAUGCCGUCGGCGUCGUCUGCCAAUCCAAAACGCAGUCAAAUCCGGAGAACAACGUCGGCUUGCUAACGCUGGGCGGUCCCCACGUCUUGAACACCCUCACCACAGACGUCGCGCGCCUGCUAUCCAAGCUCCACGAAGUGCAGCCGAAGGGGAGCAUCAACUUCAUCACCGGUGUGCGGGUCGCCCACCUGGUGCUCAAGCAUCGCCAGGGCAAGAAUCACAGAAUGCGCAUCGUGGUCUUUGUCGGCAGCCCCAUCGAGACCGAGACCAAGGACCUCGUCGCCCUCGCCAAGAGUCUGAAGAAGGAGAAAGUGAGCGUGGACGUCGUCAACUUCGGGGAGGCCGACGCAAACACGGAGAAGCUGGCGACCUUCAUCAGCACGCUCAACGGCGAAGAGGGCAGCGGUUCCCAUCUGGUCACGGUGACGACCGGCCGCGAAACCCACCUCUCCGACGCGCUCGUCAGCUCCGCGGUGGUCCAGGGCGAAGAUGGCGUCGUCGCCUCUGGUUCCGGAGGCUUCGAGUUCGGCAUCGACCCGAACGAGGACCCUGAGCUCAUCCUGGCACUGCGAGUUUCCAUGGAAGAGCAGCGCCAACGGCAGGAGAGCGAGGCCAGACGGGCUGCAGCCGACGCGGCGCCCGGGAAGCAGAGUGAGGCUCCCCCCACGGAUACCGACGUGCCGCCGGCAUCCAGCGAGGAACGGCUCCUGGAGCGAGCGAUGGCCAUGUCGAUGGAAACGGAACCGCCUCCACCCGCAGCAAAGGCAACUCCUUCCAGCAGCUUUCCGGACUUCGCUGCCAUGACUGAGGAAGAGCAGAUCGCAUUCGCCAUGCAAAUGUCCAUCCAGCAGGCCAAGUCUUCCGAGAACACUGCUGGGCAGCAGUCGGUCACGACUGAUCCUGCAGACGGUAAAAAGGAGGAACCAAAGAAGGAAGAGCAGGCGAACAAGGAAGGGACGGAUAAAAAAGACGGGACAGAUAAAAAUGAAGAGGCGGACAAAAAAGACGCGGAGAAGAAGUAAAUGUCCGAGGAGGCCAAGAAGUGAAGACGGUCCCAAGACCACAAGAAAGCGACCUUCUUGUGGUCCAUCCAUCCGCCUUCCCGCAACCUUACCUCGUGAGAAUGUCGUGCGGUCACGUCAGCAGGGGAGCAUCCAGCAAGUGCGAGCCCUUGCUGCUGUUCCUGUUUAUAUCUAGUCGAGACGAUCGAAAGGCGCGUUGAUCGGCAGCUGACUGACUAAUGUGACCAUGGCGUGCCAGAAAACCUCCUCUUUUCUGUCUUUUUUGUUCAAGUCAAUCAGUAAUAAAGUCAACUAGUGCUUCAGUGCCGGA